CCACUCUACUACGCACACAAGGGCUGUUCACAUAGAUAUCGUCAAAGUACGUUUCUCCUCGACUUGAGUCAGGCAGCGGAUAUCUAGUAGUGAGGGUUAGUUUUUCAAAAAUCAUCAGGAAAUUAAAUCGCUCAAUAGUCUCAGUAAAAUAAAUAGAUAUACGAAAUGAAUUUACUAAAUUACUAACUGUCAAAGGCUAUUUAGAUUCCACAUCCCGCGCGCGCCGAAAUCUAGUGGUUAGGGCGGGCUGCAUAGACUUGAAGAAGGUUAAAAGCCGAUUUUCAUCUUUAACUUCAUUGUUGCUGUGUGUGGAUGUUCCUUCAUUCACCUACCGUGGCUAUAUCACAAUGGGCGUUCUGACAGGCUGCUUAAUUCACCGAAGCCAGACGAAUUGUAGCAAAACUAGUCUUCUGAGAGGAUAGCAAUAGCUCCACCCACUCUCCACCUCGUUCCCUUUAACUUGUAGCUGUUCCUAGAAGAGCAAGUCAGUUCUUACUUGCUGUUUCUGAGCACUAGUAUCGAAAGGGUGUGGGUUGGUCUGGGGGCUAUAGCAAGAAAUAUCACUUAUAACACUAGUACCUCAAUUCUAAGUUAUUCCAGUUUGCUGCUGUGGAAAAAGAUUGCCUACCAAAUUUAGUAGACAUUCCCUGUAAGAUUGUGAAAUCAUCAUACUUGUAUCUUGGAAGGGAAAAAAAAAAAAAAAAAAUUGCACAAUGGUUUCACCAACUAUCACCUCAGUUGCCCUGGUGACCAUGGCACUGGCCAGUCAAGCAGGCGUGGAGGGCUACCUCUGGCUGCUCAUAGUAGGCUUCAUCAUUGCCUUCGUCCUCGCCUUCUCGGUGGGUGCCAAUGACGUGGCCAACUCGUUCGGCACCGCUGUGGGGUCCGGGGUCGUGACCUUGAGGCAGGCCUGCAUCUUGGCCACGGUGUUCGAGACGCUCGGCUCGGUGCUCCUGGGAGCGAAGGUCAGCGAGACAAUCCGCAAAGGCAUCAUCGACGUGAACAUGUACAACGGCUCUGAACACGUGCUAAUGGCUGGUUCUGUCAGUUCCAUGUUUGGUUCUGCAGUGUGGCAGCUGAUGGCCUCGUUUCUCAAGCUGCCCAUAUCUGGAACCCACUGCAUUGUGGGUGCGACCAUCGGCUUCACAUUGGUGGCCAGGGGUCAUGUAGGGGUCAAAUGGAUCGAGCUCUUGCGUAUUGUUGCUUCCUGGUUUCUCUCGCCACUUCUCUCUGGUAUCAUGUCGGGCGUUCUCUUCUACUUUGUCCGCAUGUUCAUCCUGCACAAGAAAGACCCGGUGCCCAAUGGCCUGAAAGCUCUGCCUGUGUUCUACGCGGUCACAAUGGGUAUCAACCUGUUCUCCAUCAUGUUCACUGGAGCGCCGAUGCUGGGCUUCGAUAAGAUUCCAUGGUGGGGCACGCUGCUCAUCUCCAUCGGGUUCGCCAUCCUGACGGCCCUCUUCGUCUGGUUCGUUGUUUGUCCUCGCCUCAGAAAGAAGAUUGACCGGGAGAACAAGUCCUCCAGCCCAUCUGAGAGUCCCCUAAUGGAGAAGCGUGAGUUGGCCACGUGCCCCAUCCUGAAGGCUGUGCCAGAGGAGCCCGCCACCCCUGUUCAGGCCCCGCCCCCGGCUGAGGAGCGUCGUGUCACCUUCAACAUCGGAGACUCGGACGACCCCGACUACAAAGAUAAGGAUGUGGAGACCAACACCAACAACGUCCAAAAGACGGUUCACGUCCAGUUCAACAAUAGCUCUGGUCCGACUCACAUCCCCAGCAAUGGCUACAGCCAGUAUCACACAGUGCACAAGGACUCUGGCCUCUACAAGGACCUGCUGCACAAGCUACACCUGGCUAAGGUGGGCGACUGCAUGGGCGAGGCUGGUGAGAGGCCUAUCCGCCGCAACAACAGCUACACUUCCUACACCAUGACCAUCAUCGGCAUGCACAGCGAGUUCAAGCCCCGCGAGUCCGAGUUCAGGUCCGUGGGCGCCGGCGACGAGAUCGGCGACAAGCCCGGCGCAGGCCAGGAACGCAAGCGUGUACGCAUGGACAGCUACACGAGCUACUGCAACGCGGUAGCGGAGCACGGCGCGCCGCUCGAGGAGCUGAGCGAGGGUGAUGUGGCGCUCACACUGCCCGAGGAGGACGCCGGCAGCAGCCACAGCUCGCUGGAGGAGCCAGAGGCCGACCGACCCGAAGUUUCCACACUCUUCCAGUUCCUGCAGAUCCUCACCGCCUGCUUCGGCUCCUUCGCACAUGGAGGCAAUGACGUCAGUAAUGCAAUCGGUCCUCUGGUAGCGCUGUGGCUGGUGUAUGAGAGCGGCUCGGUGGUGUCCAACAACCCCACCCCCAUUUGGCUGCUGCUGUACGGAGGAGUGGGCAUCUGCUUUGGACUCUGGGUGUGGGGACGACGGGUCAUCCAGACCAUGGGCAAAGACCUCACCCCAAUCACCCCCUCUAGUGGUUUCAGUAUUGAGCUUGCUUCAGCCGUCACUGUGGUUGUUGCCUCCAACAUCGGUCUGCCUGUUUCCACUACUCACUGCAAGGUGGGAUCUGUGGUGGCAGUCGGCUGGCUUCGCUCACGCAAAGCGGUAGACUGGCGUCUGUUCCGUAACAUCUUCAUGGCGUGGUUUGUGACGGUGCCCAUCUCCGGUCUCAUCAGUGCUGCCAUUAUGGCCCUCUUCACCUACGUCAUCCUUCCUUCCUCCUAAUACCCCAUCAGAGGAGGAGAGAAGAGGGGGACCAAGCCACCCACAGUGAGGGAGAGUGGAGUGAGGUGCAGAGAAAAAGGAGGAGUGGCAUGGAGUGGAGUGAGGCAAGCUUAGUGCUGCUUCCAUUAUCCCCCCCAUUAUAUAUUUUGGAGAGGGUAAUUGAGGAGGGAGGAAACAAAACAAACGGGGUAAAAAAAUAAAGAAAACCCUUUUGACGGAGCCCCUGGGGUUCCUGGCUGCAGCAUUCCCGGUUGGCACACAGUCGGCAGUUCUGAGCACGCUCAGUUCACCCGCCAGGGCUGACGCGCCAUGGGAACCGCUCUUUUUCAGCUUUCUGUUUCUUUUCUUUUGCCAUCUUUCUGUAGACUUGGCUCUAUCCUUGCCAUCUUAAUGCCCAUUCAUUGUACAUAGCUAAUCUUUACAAAACAAAAAAGGAAGACAAUUGAUUCAUUUUUAUAUUGUAAUUAUGUACAUAUUUUUUUUCCUCAUUUUCCUUUUUUUUUUUUUUUUAACUGUUCUACAAGUUUGACAACCACAUGAACAAUUUCAAUGCAGUAUUAGCCUUCACUGAUGGAGACACACAUUGGCCCAGAGGCAUAGGUGAGCAGUAUUUGGGUUUCUCAAAAAAAACAAAACGAGGUAGUUUACAGCAACUGGGCUUUUUAAGUACAGUGGAGCGCAACACAGUGCUGUUUGUUUGUGUGUGUGUGGUGGUGGUGGUAGGAGGUUCUACGAGCCAAGUCUAGCAGAAGAGUCUCAUUGGGUCUGUGUAGAAAGAUUCCUCUUAAGAGGAAACCAGCACUGCACAUCUAGAAGAAGUUUGGGUUGCAACGACCGUACUGUCGAGGGUCGCACAGGUUCUGGAGAGACCAGACCAUUUUGUUUCUCUGUGACUGUGCUGAUCUUGUUCAUCUGAUAACACUACAAUGCAACAGCUCUAGACCUAGACCUCUCUACCAGUCUCCCACUGGGAAUGGUAUCCAUCUUGUGUUAUUCAGUAAUACUUUACAUGCAAGUUUAAAUAAAAAUUUAAAGACAAUGCAAAGAAAAACGCUUUUAAUUACUGUAAUCGAUGCAUCUAAAGCAGCAAGAUACUUGUAAAAGAGCUUGUUACUCUGAAGUAUAUCUUAAAAUCAUUUAACCAAAUUUAACCCACCAUUACUAAAAGCCUAAGGUAGAAACUUGCUAGUCAUGCUAUAGUCUAGUAAGGCUUAACCGCACAGUUUGGCUUUGUGCGUGUGUGUGUGUGAGAGCACUUAAACUUGGGUGGGCAGGAUUAGGUCUUUUUGUGUGUGUGUUUGUUUUUUUUUUUUUCUGUUGCCAUAACGCAGUUUUCAAUAAGAACAGAAUGUUACUAGGAUACUGGACCUCUCGUAUUACCAUUCUAAUGCUGUGAUGGUUGUAUAGAUUCUUUCUCGAUCCCUCAUCUCUGCAUUAGUGGAGGGGAUAAGAGAUUAUUCUGUUUUCUCCUACUUGCCUCCAGUUUGGCUUGCCUAAGAUGUUAUGAUACACCAACAGAAACCUCAGUAGAUCUGGAGUAUUGAGAACUUACUGCAGUGGCACAGAAAGACUGCUGGCUACCCCCACCCGUCUAAAUUUGUAUAUCAGUUUACCAAAACAUAUUUGAAAAUCUUGAAACAUACUUAUGAAAGUAGAGGGAAGAGAUCAAUGCUGGAACACAAUAUACAUAUUGUAUAAAUAUUUUUUAAUUCUUAAACCAUUCUCUUUGUUUGUUUUAAUUUCCUGUAAAACUUGACUGUGUCUGACACGUUGUGAAGACGGUGUAAUGUACAUUAGCUCUGCUCGGCCUUCUAGUAGCCCUGCUGCAUUGCAGCUUCUGCGCUUGGAAAAGAGAAGGAAAAAAAACAACUGACAAAGCUCUUUGCUAUUCUCAGUGGAACACAUUCAAAACACAAGCAUACACACGCAGAGGUGUUUACACGCAUGCACUCACAUAUACUGUACACACACACACACACACAGACACACAGACCGACAUGCUUACACGCGAGCAUGCAUGAACACAUGCUUGUUUACUCUGUUGCCAAACCCUCUCCUGCGUGCUGGCAAUUGAAUAAGCAGCGUCUGCUCGGUUCGUGUGUGUGUGUGGGUCAUUUGCAGUGGACCACACUAGUGUGUGAAAGACGGAGGGGAUUGCUGCGUCACGGGCACCUCUCACAACUGCUGACAGUGCGCAGACUGCAUAACAUAAUACAACUAGACCCUAGAGUUCAUGUAGAUGCCUUACAUUUUUUUUAGGUACCAAAGAAAACAUUUUGGGGGUGUGUGUGUGUGUAAGAGUGAGUGAGUGUUGUACCCAGGAUACACCGUUUGUGUUUCUUUUUCUUUCUUUUUUUAAGUCAUUUGUGACUGGACUUUGAAAGACAAAAAAUAAUAAAAUGAAUAAAAAUGGUAAAACUA